CCUAUCUGCGUCUCAUCUCUGACGACCGCAGCCCCUUUGGACAAUUAUGAAUCAUUUGUCCCACACCAAUUUCUUGCAGCCUACGCGCGAGUCCGCAUCAUUAGUCACGAGUGACGGGCAUGGAAGACGUCACCUUGCUCGAAUCGGGCGCUCCUCGGGUCCACUUUGCCUUUAUUAAGGCGCUUGAAACGGCAAAGAACGAAGCAGAAGCAGAGGACAUUAUCCUGCACGCUUUGCUCGACGCUCGAGCAGCAACAUCACAACGCUCUUCCAGCACGUGGGCGGCAAGCUUCUUAGAUCUGCCCGCCCAGCUUCUCGACGUGUUGCACAUUGCACAGCUCAGACCAGAUCUACUGAGCGCUACUUCGCCCAUCGAUUGGCUCUUGUUUCCCGCUUUGCAGCUGUCUGCAUCCGACUCGAGCGUGCGGGAGACGGUCAUCGCGCAUGCAAUACUCGACCAUGUACUGCGACCAGCGUCGCUGCUGCAGCGCUCACUCGGACAGUCUGCCCCUUCGGGGUCUAUCCUGCAGACUCAAGAAGAGACAGUGCCGGACCAAGUACUGUUGCUGCUCAACACAGCUCGCGCGACUAUAGUCGGACCCAAAGGUAAAGGACGUCAGCGCGCUGCCCCCAGCACCAGCUCCAGCGCCCACACACCUAGAGCCUCACUCUUGACGGCGCGAAGAAACGCUGUUCUGGCCUCUAUAUGCGCCCGGACGAUACGUGGGCCCAGUGCCGUCACAUCUCUUUGGGGCCCAUUGCUAGCUAUUGCAGACACUAGCAACAAGGAUCAGAAGGAACGGGCCAAGGCGAUCAAUGCGCUGAUCGCGCUGGCUGCGGAUGCGGACGAAGGCCAGAAAAGGGCACUGUGGGCGCUGAUCAAGCAAGCGCUGCCAGCGCACUCAUCAGGUGGACUUUCCCGCUCGGGCGAAGACGAUUUGAUUGCGAGCCCGUCAAUUUUCCGACGAGACAGAUUGGCGUCUCAUGCGCUCUUGUCCGUGCGAAGAGCCGCAGUCAAGGGAGUGAAGGCAAUGCUGCUGGAAAGGUCUAUCGAGGUGGACGAGGCCGCAGCGCUCCUAUUGAGCUGUCUGCAACGGCACGGAUACGCGAUAUCGCUCGCCUUGAGUAUAGCAGUGCUAGAAAGCUUGGAGUUGUGCUGCGAGCGAAAACUUUCGGAUGAUGUUCGACGAUCAAUCUGCGCGACCACACUCCCAAUCGCAGCCACCUCUGCCGAAUCGAAAGGUGGAUCUGCGCUCGCACUUCUACUUGCCGCUGCGCAGACUUUGGGAGCGGCAUACAGACCUGGACCAAGCUCAGAGACCGAGGCGCAGCUCUGGAACGCACUUGGCAGCACCAUCAGCUCCCAUCUUCGAUCCAGAACACCCAACUUGCGAGCUCUGGCCUUCAGGAGUUUGGAAGCCUUGCUACCUUUGAAGUGGCAAGACGGAGGCGACAGUCCUCUGGUACAGGGAGAAGAGGAAUGGAAAGCUUUGCUGAGCGGCUUGUGCGAUUCGGAUGAAACGAUCAGGCGACUCACGCUCCGUCUCCUACACCAGAUUGAUACCACCAUACUGACACAACAUCAAAAUGGCAUACUGGAAGCCUUGAAGACUGCGACGGAUGCGCCGACUGCCAAGCUUCUGACCCUGCGAAGUGUCGAAGUGUCUUCUGUCAUUCUAUCCACCAGUCGUUCAGACGCAAGCGCGAACGAUUGCGACGCCUUUGUUGCAACCACACUUGAGACACUGCGAUGUUUACAAGCAGCUUCAGAAUCCCUGUCAACUCUCAUGCGCCCACAUCACGAGCUGGCAGAAGCUGUCUGCAAGGCCUUGAUAGGCCGAACCGCGGAUGAUCGCAGAGGCAUAUCAGCUCGCCUCAUUGAGGUCACCAUUGCCGAUACACAACUGUCCUCUUUUGCAAGCGGGACAUUCAUGUGUGCCUCACUGUCCGUCGCGCACGCCUCGACGGACCAUCAGGCUUGCGAGGCAUUGGUUGGGCUGCUUGAACAUGCCGACCUUGAUCAGGUGCAGGAAGCUAUGUUGUUGGCCCUCGCACACCAAGCUUCGCAUCUGCCCUUCACCGUCGAAGUGCAGGAGCGACUCGAGCGAUGGGCGCAGGCACGUUCUAGACAACUUUCCCUGCUUCUCGACGUGCUGCAAAUCAUCGAAGCUUUCUUUACAAAUUCUUUGAAAGGCAAGCAAGAGCAUUUCAAGAGCCUUUCGGGACCUUCAGCCUCUGCUCUACCGGCGUCGCGGUCAAGGUCACGUGAGCUCAGGCAUUACGCUUAUCCCGACGUUUCUGCUUCGCGCUCCACCCUUGGCGAUCAGAGUCGCCUCAGUCACAGUCGCGCCGAGGUCGGAGACGCAGCAGCAGAAGAGGCAGAGUUGGAUCAUCUCUCUUUCAAAUCGAAUGUCCGACCAAGACCUGCCAACUCCAUCACGCUCGCAUCCCUCACCAACUCGGUGAUGGACAUGUGGAACACUUUGGGCAGCGUCGAGACCCGCGCGUCGACCAGGCAUACGGCCGGAAGCAUGAGGCGAGCAGAAGAGAGGAGAAAGCUGUUCGAUGCGGACGAGGAUGGAGAAGAGGGGCAGCAGGAGGAGGCAGCACGGGGAGAAUGUUGAUGGGAGAAAAAGAAGCGAGCGACGGGGGGAGGGCUGAUGACGUGCAAGAAAGUUUUUGACCUGCUCGUCGAAUCCUCUCCGAGACCCCACUUCCACGUGCUUGGGCACA